CGUGGCAACAACGCUAUCAGGUUUCAGCUUUCUGCUGGCGCGACCAACUUACCUUUUAAAUUGUUCGCUUGAAACUGCUGUUAUAGCUUCGCGGGUAAUAGGUGUUGUGUUUGACCGUAACUUUUCGUUAAAUAACUCGAAUUUCGGUACAAAUUCUGUCUGAUGAUGACAGAAACGGUGGUCAAUGUGCAAGAAGCGCCUAACAAUAACAUGGCGAAUAAGCCGCAACAGACGAACCAGCAGCAGGAUUCGCCCUUUUCUUGGAUUAAAAUCAAUUUGGAUUAUUUCAAAACUGUGCCAGGACUACUGAAAAUUGCAGAGUUUAUUUUGGGAAUCCUUUGCAUGUCCUUAGCCUCACCUGCCUACUAUGGAGGAACCCACUUCUUUUUGUUUGUUGCCACAACGAGCUUCAUUGGUACAUUGAUAUGGAUUUUCAUCUAUUUGUUAGGGAUAAGAGAAGCUCUAAAUAUGCCAAUCAACUGGAUAUUGACUGAAUUAUUCAACACGGGGAUCUGCACCGUUUUCUACAUUAUAGCCUUUAUUGUUCAACUUAUCGUUUCAGCCACAAUACAUCACGCAUAUUCUCAUCGAGGGAUGUACAUAGCAGCAGGGGUUUUUGGAUUGUUCAACGCUGGUGUAUACGGUUUCGCUACCUACCUGUUGUCCAUCGAGUGGAAAAGCAGCCGAUCAACGAAUUAAUUUAUUUUUGAACUGUAAUUUAAGAAAAACUACGUACUGUCAUAGAUUAAGCCACAAAUGUACCUUAAAUAUAAGUCAGUUGAACACAGUCCUUCUUGGAAAACUUUGAAAAAUCUUAAAGUACCUACAUACUUGAAUUUUUCGAGAAGACUAUGGUGCUAGUUGUUGGCAGAGCAAACUAUUUUCAUUUUUGUUGAGGGUCCUCCCUUCUUUUUUUAUCGAAGCGAUCUAACAAUUUUACAACUAUUACGACAAAAUUUUCAUAGGUAUGUACUGCAUGUUAGGAUAUGUGCGAAAAUUACGACGUUUAUCAAGGCUGAGCUGUAUAAAUGGUAUAACAUGAAAAAAUAUAUUCCAAAAACAUAAUUCAUGAAAUGUAUAGCUCUUCUGAGUUUUACAAACCACAAUAAACAUGCAUUAUUGUCAAUUGCAUUGAAAAGUUGAAUAUAUAUUUAUGAUAAUAGAAAUAUCACCCCUUUCAUUGUUACUUUCUGUAAAUGUUCUAUUAAUGAUAAGUAUCCAGAAUCAUCACUUGAAAAUCACUUGAAUGAAUCUUGAAAAAUGAGAAUUGAAACUUUCUAUGUUUUUUACCAUUUUUAUUUGUAACUAACGUUACUGCACUUUCGAAAUUUUCAAUGUUUUAUGUAUACGUUUGAAAAUGUCCAUAUAGGACGAAACUGCAAUAAAGUUCGUUACCAAUAAACGUGUUUAAAAAACAUAGAAAGUUUCAAUUCUCACUUUUCGUGAGGAUUUCCUACCACGUAGUAACAGCUACAUCCAUCAAUUUACUCGAAUGAAUGUUAUGUCACAAAAAUUGUACCGUUGCGUUGCAAUACUUUUAAGCCUAUUUUAAUACACAACUGUAAUGGUAAUGUUUAAGUUUUUAAAUUUUAUCACAAAUAACAUUGUACCUAAUAUAAUUGUAUAUUUUAUUUAAAAUUGACUAUCCAUUGUUUUGUAUUAAAGUUAUCUCCAUUA